UUCACCCGCUGCCUCUCCCCACCUCACCCCAGCCAUGGCCCUGGUUCUGCAGCUACUGACUCUGCUGCUUUCGAGGGCCCACGGGGAGCCGGGGGCAACUCUGGAUGGACGCCCUGGAGACCGAGUGAAUCUCUCCUGCGUGGGGGUCUCACACCCCAUCCGCUGGGCUUGGGCGCCUAGUUUCCCAGCUUGCAAGGGCCUGUCCAAAGGACGUCGCCCAAUCCUGUGGGCAUCAUCCAGUGGAAUUCCCACUGUGCCUCCACUCCUGCCCUUCGCUGGCCGCCUACGUUCUUUGGACCCUGGUAUCCGGCGGCUGGAGCUGCUCUUGAGCGCGGGGGACUCGGGCACAUUUUUCUGCAGGGGACGCCACGAGGACGAGAGCCGUACGGUGCUUCACGUGCUGGGAGAUAGGGCCGAUUGCAGGACCCCGGGGCCUACCCACGGGUCGCUGUAUCCCCAGGUCCUGGUCCCGUUGCUGGGCGCUGGGAUGGUGCUUGGACUGGGAGCGUUGGGCGUGGUCUGGUGGUUGCGCAGGCGCUCGCCCCCGCAGCCUCUUCCACCACUCCCUACAUUUGCUCUGUCCCCCCCAUAUAGCUCCACUUGUGAAAAACGAGCCCCAGAGACCCACAGAGGAGGAGGAGUCCAAGAUUUCAGCGGACCUGGACCAGGAGCCGAGCCUGCUCUACGCCGAUCUGGACCAUAUGGCCCUCAGGAGGUUCCGCCAACUGUCCGCAGUGGUCCCUGCUGAUGCCUCCACUAUCUAUGCGGUUGUAGUUUGAAGGGAAGCCCUCACUCCAAACCUCCCUAGUUGGGAACUUCCAGCCCCUCAUAAUUCCCACCCUUCUCUUGAUCCCUCAACUAGAGGAAGUCACCGUGGGAUGGAAAUGAGCGUGUCUGGGAGUCUGGAUUCCUGGGUUUUGGGCUGUCUCUGCUGCCGAUCUUCCUCCUUCAGUUACUUUCAUAUUUCCUAUAACUUCCAUGUCUCCUUCACCCCUGAUGUCCUCUCUAAACCUGAAUCAAACCGUCUCUCCAUCUUAAGACAUCAAUUAACUUCCCAGUAAUUGCCCUCUCUCUUCCCUUCAGAAUGAAGCCUUUGAACCAGGGGCAUACAUCUGCCUUUUUCAUUUUCUUCUUCAUUCUAUAUCCACUGUUCAUCUGCUGAAAUUACUUAUUACUCUCCACAAGUUUGCCAGCAAUGUCCUGAUGUCCUAGAUAUCGUUUUUUUAGCACUCACUUGGCAUGGUCUUUGAUCACUCCCUACUUUAAGCUAUUUUACUUUACUGCUCUUAUCUUCCUCUGGACUCUUCUUUGCUUCCUAUCCCCAUGGUAUUCUCCACCAUUCUAGAUUUGUCCCUCUUCUGGAAAGCUCCUGUCUGCAGGUAAUUCUCAGCCUGCAGCUCUAGAAAGACACUCAGAACUUUCUGCAUCCCAGAUCUCAGAUCUAGGACAUCCUGCCUGACUAGCCCCAGACAUUUUGCACACAGUGUGUCAAGUACAAUUUAUUGUUUGCAUUCUCUCUUGAUCAACCAAUUUGCCCAAGCCAGAAACUCAAACUCGAGUCAUAUAGACCUCCUUUCUCAUUUCUGUACAAUGAGCCAUGAAGUCUCAGCUAUCUUAAGGUCACUGUCAAAUAUGUACCCCUUUCCAUGUCCAGUGCUGUCGCCAGAAUGUAUUUUCCUCAUUUCCUUCCUGGGUUAUCCAUAACUCAUAUUCUGCUUUUGCCUUCCUCUCUGAAGUCAGAGAUCCUCUAUAAGUACUAACUUGCUCCUGACACCCCUUAUUUCCAAACUGUGGUACUUUUCUCCUUAAGCUUCAGCUCUGGGUCAUGGACCUUGGCUUUUGAUACAAGAUGCUAUAGCAUUUUGUCCACUCUGGCUUAUCUGUCAUUCCACAUGCACACGACAUGCCAGCCUUAGAGAAAAUCUCCCCAGCCCCGCCAAAUGCCUCUGUCCAGAGUAAUUCCUUCUUCCUGGGUUACUCUU